CUGUUCAAACAGGAAUUUAACAUGCGUCAGAAUACUGAUGUCCUGUUAAAUAAACUGAACAUUUUAAUCUUUUUUAAAGUGUAUUAUAUUCAGUCGACACCGCAUCUUUGGUGAACACCGUAUAGUUUGGAGCAACCAUAGAUUGUUAGGAACAGAUUUUUACGGCGUAUGUAUUUGGAUGAUUAGUUUAAUUUGUAGUUUAGAUGUGAUGGAAACCCAGCUGGUUGAGUUAAGAAAAUGGAAAAGUAUGAUGAGGAUCUGUUGGACAAUCCAUUCUUUACGGCAUUACAGAACCAACACUCAGCUCUCUUUGAUACUGUAACAACAUGUAGAUAUACUGUGUGUGUCCCCCGGCAUGGAGCUGCUCGAACUGCAAACCUGAAUGAAGCUGAAUUUGAAGACCACAUUUUGAUCCCCACUGAAAAUGAAGAGGGACAAAAUGGUCACCAGUUGCAAAGAACAGUUUCUGGAAAAACUGUAUAUAUAUCAAAUGGGCAGAUUCAUUUACAAGAUAAUUUUGCUAAUAAACUGAAGAUCAACAUUUUAUUUGAAGAAACCUUUUACAAUGCUGCCGAUGAAUCAUAUCGUGUUUUGUGUGUUGAACAAAUUUUCAAUUCCGACCAGUCCAAAUGUGAAUCAACACCGCAAUUCUACAGAACCCCAACUACUUACAAAGAUUGUAUAGAACUGCUCUGGGGAGACUCAACCAAUAGAAAAACAAGGGAAAACUUGGAUAAAGUUUUACAGCAAUUUAUCUAUGUUUAUGAAAGGCUGGAUGUGUAUAACUUUCGAAGCAUUGUUGAUGUUGCUAGUGCUCAGUAUACAAAAUCCAUGCAGCUUCUACUUCGGGAUCCAACUUUGAAAAAUCGAGCAAGACACAAUCCAGUUUAUAUGGACUGUUUGAAAGUUGCCGCAGAGACUUAUGUGUUGCAUCAGCUUCAUAAAAGUCUCUUUGGAGCUCUCACACUUUGCAUGGCAUCUGAUGAUGCUGAAAUCAACAAAUGUACACGAAAUCUGAAAGAGCUGCAGUGUCAUCAUUUAGACAUUCGGGAAGCAUUCAUCAAUAAUAUUCCCAUUGCAAGGAAAGAAAUCGCCCGUCUCAAUAAAUACAGCACACCUAUGGGAAAACUCUAUUGUAUCCAACGGUUAAUUGCAUUUUUAAUGCGUUCUCCAAAAUCUCCUGCAUCUACUCCUGAAGGUGAUAGUGAAGCUCUUUCAGAUGUGAUGACUUCCGAUGACCUUUUACCAUUGCUCAUUUUUAUAAUUGUUAAAUCUGAAAUUCCUAAUUGGUGCUCCAACUUAGCUUAUGUCCAGCAUUUCAAUUUUUCCCGUGCGUCAAACAAAGAUGAAUACAGUUAUUAUCUGGCUACAAUUGAAGCUGCAUUAGAACAGAUACGAAGUGGUAAAGUGAAGAUUAUACCUUCUACUUCAUCCAAUAUUCAGUGGUUUGAUUCUUCUGUGGAUGUUGUGAUUGGUGACACUACAGAUACUGUACCCUCUCCGAUAUUUGAAAGUAACAAAACCCCAGAACUCAGUCCUACAGAUAUCUUUUUCCAACAUAUAGAAGGUGGAGAUGAAAAUGCCGUGAAAGUCUUUCUAAAUCGACAGAAUGAAAUGGCUGACCAAGCCCGCCGCAAACUCUGUCACCCUUUAUGUUCAUGUGAUAAAUGUGAAACUCUGAUGAGAGAAACUCGCCGUGACUCUAGUUUAGUCACUCCAUCUACUCGAGAUGAUAGAGGUUAUACAGCUCUCCAUGUUGCUGCUGCGGCUGGCCAUGCAGAAUUGAUCGACAUUUUGGUAUACCAUGGUGCAUCAGUUGAUGCAACAGACUAUAUGGGACUGACCCCCAUGCACCUUGCUUGUCAAAAAGGAUUCCAGAGUGUAGCUUUGCUUCUGGUUCAUUUUGGGUGUAACCUGCAUUUAACAGACAAUGAUGGCAACACACCUUUGCAUUCUUGUGCUGCCAAUGGACAUGAGGAAUGUGUGAAAGCUCUUGUUUUCAGUGACUGUGGUAAUGGUAAAUUGAAUAUUGAUGCUGUAAAUGAUGCUGGAGAUACUGCAUUGCAUUUAGCUGCCAAAUGGGGAUAUGAGAACAUUGUGGAAACUCUAAUAGAAAAUAAUGCUCGCACAGACAUUCGUAACAGGAAAAAGCAAUUCCCCAUGAAUUGUGCCCACAAUACUCAUAUCCAGCAAUUAUUGUUAUGUGCCCCGACAGAUGAAAUGAGGCAGAGUUAUUAUGCAGGCCGAUAUUCUCCAGAACGUAAGACUGUGCCAUUAUAUUCAUCUUCUAUAGCUACAUCCUCUGUUUCCAGUUCAAAUUUGUACGUUGAACAGUCUCAGACUACUGUCAAUUCUAAAUAUAGACAACAGGAAAAAUUAUUCAAGGCUAUUAAAAACCAUGAUGUGCAGUUGGUUCGUUUCUACCUCGGGUUGUCAAGUGAUUCUGAAAAUAAACUAAAGACACAGCAGAGUUUGGAUUCUGCAAUGGGUAUUGAAAAUCUCUGCCAUCCACUUUGUCAGUGUGAAAAAUGUGCUGUCUUACAAAAGUCUUUAAAAGAGCUGCUAUCUCAAGGAUAUAAGUUAGCAAAGAAACAGAAUGACAUCGAUAUUAACAAGCGCAAUUGUCAAGGACUCACAGCUCUUCAUUUAACAGUCCAAGCGAACAGCUUAGAAUUAGCAAAAACUAUGCUAGAAGCAGGGGCACACAUUAACUGUUUGUCAGAGGAUGGUUUUACUCCACUUCAUUUGGCUUGCAUGAAUGAUGAUGUAGAGAUGGUUGAGUUACUGUUAUCAUAUGGAGCCAAAGUGAACUUAGCUGACCAUUGUGGGAAUAGUCCUUUACAUCACAGUUGUCAUAAGGCAAAUAUUCCUUUAGCUACUCUGCUACUAGAGCAUGGUGCUCGAGUAAACCAACGUAACCAUAUUGGAAGCACCUGUUUGCAUGAGGCAGUGGGUACCAACAAUGCAAAUUUAGUGGCCUUGCUACUUGAGGCUGGUGCUAAUAUCAGUCUAGUAAAUCUUUUAAAUCUGUCUCCAGUGCAUUUAGCAGAGAACCAAAGUAUUAAACAUUUAUUGGUGAGUUUCCUAAACACUAAAGAACCACAAGGAUCAGAAGCAAUCUUUUAAUAUUCAAUCUUCCAGUUUAAUUCCAGGUGAAUAAACCUUGCCAUUAUAAAUGAAUUGAAGCAACAUUUCCAGAAAAGUCCACUGUCAACAGUAAAGCCAUGUUUUCUUCUGCUUCACAUGAGAAAGAAAACACCCUAUCAGUCUUUGCAAAAAUUUUAAUGGUUUCUUUUGACGCACAAUCAAUUCUCUAUUUGCAUUGAACCAUGUAAUUUGAAGAUAUUUUAAUCUUUUAAGAAAUCCACAAUGAUUAGAAAUUGAUCUCCACAGAUUAUAAAGGCAUGUACAACUUUAUAUUAAAUGAUAUUUGUUGUUUGUUUUUAACAAAAAUACCAACUUCACUGUUUUCCCCUUCUAAUUAUAAUACUUCUUUAUCUCUAAUUGCAAUACCUGUUUUUUUUUUAAAUCUUGAAAGGGUCUUUUUUUCCAAUUCUUUUAUCUUUACACAACCUGGUCAUUAACUAUUCUAUCCAAAAUACUGAAUUUCCUUUGUAUUCUUUGAUUUUAUCCUUCUGUCACUUAUUUUCCCACCUCUUCCUAAUUGAACUUAAUAUUUGCAAUUAAAUUAAAAUACUAUUGUCAUAUUGGUCCAUAUUGGUCCACAUGCCAUGCUAUUCAAUAACUAACAUGAUAAUUCAGUGUAUGUAUUUUACAGUGUUAAAUUACAUAAUUAAGAUAGUAUUACUGGAAGUUUCGCAUUGCCUCGAGGUCCUCUCGUAAGACAUAGCUACAGCUUUCAUGAAGCUUUGUGUUUCUGAAUAAACUACAUCUCAGUUAUGGAAUACACUUACCAGUGGAAUUACUGGUCUGCUAAAAUGAAACUCACAUUAAUUACUAAUGUGAUAUAUUGUGAAAGACUAUUUAACUAGUUUAUUAUAUGAUUUAAAAAAAUUUUUAUCAGUAGAUCAGCAUUUAGCUAUUUUGAUCUUCACCUUAUUGUAAAAUGUAUUUCUACUAUAUUCAAAAGAAUAUAUAGUUUGGGGAAAUAAUGUUCCAAGACUGUUAUAAUGAAAUGACAUGCCAUCUUAUUCUAUUGAAGUGAUUUGUAUCUCAUUGUAUUGAUGAGUUUUUUUUUUCUUUUUUUGGUAAUGUCAGAAUUCUUUCACUUCUUACUUUAGUUUCUUUAUAAUUUAAAAUUUCUUACCAAAUAUUUUUUAUUUGGAAUUCUCUGUCCUUGUAAUUUUUUUUAAUCAUGUGGAUAUUAUAGACAAACUUAUUCUGCCAAUGUACAACUAUAAGUCUUUGUCAAAAUUAUUCUACCAGCUAACCGUCCAUCACAUUCAGCAUACUUUCAAGUAAAAUAUCACUGAUAUGUUCAUAUAUUACUUCAUUUUUAACUCUAGGUUCUGACUGAAACAGUUUACCUUUUUAAUAUCUUUCACACACACACACACACACAUCUUUGGGUCUUCAGCAGUUUGAAGCUUGACUGAUGGACUUGGUUUCACCUUUGGUAUACAUUAUUUCUUUGCUCAUCCCUGAUGCCAGUUAGGGAAAACACACAUCCUACCAAUAUCAAAGUAAUCUGCAGUGCAGAAAUAGUUGUUGAGUACAAUCAGUUGGAUUGUAUAUUGUUUUAUAUUGGUUGAAUAUUGCAUUGUUGUUCUGAUUAAAAGAUUGAUCAAAGCUUUUUGCGUAUUCUGGAAACCUAUUUUAUUCUUUAUAAAUGAAGAAUAAACCAAUUUUUCUUAUGUUCAUUUCAAAUAAACUAUUCAAAUUUGUUUUUUAAUACGAAUAUAUAUAACAAACUGGUACAGAGUAUUUUCUUGCUACCUAAAAUAAAAGGAAAGUAUUCUGAAGUGUCUUCAUGUUUAUAAUUAUUUAACAGUUUGUAUUAGGUAUCAUCAAUAUUUCAUUUGUUAGGGGUAUAAUCCGGAAUCUGAGGAAACAAGUGAUGUUCUACCUCAGCAACAGUUUUUCACCAGGAGAAUUUAAUAAGUUCAGUUGUAGGGGUGUCAUAUCCAACUCAAGUGUCCUUGUGUUAGAUUUUAUGCUACUUAGAGCAAUUGGACUCACUGAACGCUCCUAUUUUAUUUGACAACUUGUUGUGUGAAGAAUGAGCCACUUGUUGACUUAUUACCAGACAUUAUUGGGUAUUUAUCAUUUUCUGAUAUAUAUUCUCCCAUGCUGUGUAAAAUAUUUAUCAUCUUCAUCCCUCCUCUCUUUUUUUUUCUUUCAUACAUAUAUACAAUCUCACUCACUAUUGUAUCUAGGUAAAUUGUUUUUAAUCAAGUUGUGUCAAGUAUUUGUGAAUUUAAAAAAAAAAUUAAAUUACAAAUAUAUAUAAUUUGUUGUCAGUUUGUUAUAAAUAUUUUACCUUUCAUUUCAUUUGUAUUUUUCUCCAAAAUAAAAACUCUGUAAAGAUUUGUUUUUCAGUUUUUUUGGGGAGAUUUUUUAAAAUAAAAAUAAAAUAUUCAUUUUUUUAAAACAUCAUACCUGCUAUGUAUAAAUCAAAAUUUGUUCAAGAAUAAUUUGGAUUAUUUUUUUUUGUUUCUAGUUUUUUUUUUUAGUAUCAUCAUUUUGAUAAAAUUUAAAGUGCUUCUAUACAUGUUUUGAAUCUCUUACUUAUGCCAGUCCAACCAAAACUAGUUAUCCAGUAAAAAUGGUAACUACAUUUGUAAGUUUUAUUAUCUGGGAAAAUGAUAAUAUGCUUAGUUCAAAUCCAAACGUUCUGUAACGCACACUGCUAAUAUAUAAUUUACAUCACAUCUAACAAAUAGUACAUACAUUACUGUUAAUAACUGUAUUUAUCAACCAUCUGUGUGCCACUGGAGAUAUAUCACUUUUCAACAGUGAGCUAAUUUGGGAACCUCUGCAGUUGCUUGACCUACUGAAGCAGUCAAAUUUCCCUCAAAUUACAUUCUUUUGUACUAGAAGCUAAAACAUACAAGAUGGUCAUAGCUAGAACAUCUUUGAUCAUGGAUCUGCUUGAAUAGGGCAAACUUUGCAUUUGUUUAUUUCACUACAAUGCACAUUAUCUGAAUACAUUAAAAUUAACUGCUAGUGACAUGUAAAAAAAAUACAAAAUACUUGGAAAUCUCUUUAGAUUCAUCAUUCAGUUCUGUCAUAACUAUAGUUUACAUAUAACUGUCCAAUGUGAUUUUUUUUACCAUUUUCAACUUCAUUUCUCCUCAGUUUUUAUUCAAAUAUGUAUCCAGAGUAUACUUUGGAUAAAUUAAGUACUAUUACUCUGCAUUUCAUAUUUUCUGAAAGCACAGUACAUUUUUUUAUUUAAGAAUAUUACAUAUAUUUUGUGAUAUUGUGAUCGAAUAAAUUUUAUGAUAUUGAUCAGUACACUGUUUGUACAAUAUAUCACAGAUAUAUGCAUACAUAAAUGUAUAUAUACAAAUGUAGAUGGUUGUAUAUAUAAUUGUAAAGUUGAUGCAGACAUUCUUGUUUUUAUUUUACAUUUGUGAUUAACUUGUGAUAAUUAUCAAAGAUCUAUUAAAGGGAAAUCCCCUUAUUGCUCAAAAUACAACUAAAAUCUUGUCUUUUGAUUAACAAAAAUGUUGUGCUCUUAAUGGUUAGUAUGUUUUUCAUUAUUUUAUUUUUAACAUUCUAAAAUAUAUUACAGAUCUUCAUCACUAACAAACAUACCAUAUAGGGUUUUCAAUAUAGGGAUAUCAACUCACAAGCAUUAGACAACCACUAAUAAUGUAUGUAAAUUAAAAGAAUUCAUUGAAAUAGAUAAUGUAAAAUUAAUUUAUCAAAUAGUUUAUCAUUUGAAAAUACCUAACAGCUAUGUGGUUUGGGCACCAGUCUUUUGGUUCCUAGGGUUCAUGUUUUAUUGCAGACUCUGUAUUAUAUCUCUUGUAAAACAUUAAAUUUUACUUCUUCAAAUUUGUCUUGCUUAAUUAAUAAAUGAUCAUCAAUUGAUAUAGUCUUCCAACCCAUAUGAUUUGAUUUCUUAAAAUAAUUUUAUUCAUUCUUCAUUUAUGAAGUUGACAAUUUCCUAGUCUAGAUCUGACUGUAUUAAUACUAUCCUAAUUUCUUGGGAAAUGUUUUUUUUAUUUAGUGAAUAUUUAUACAGAUCUUUUUAUAUAUCUUUUCUUUUGAAGGCUUUUUUUAAAUUUUAGGUGUAAAGUUGAUU